AUGGUGGACGCGGCGGAGUGCGGCGUCAAAGUGAUGUGCCGAUUCAGGCCGCUGAACGAAUCGGAGAUCUCCAGGGGAGACAAAUACAUCCCCAAAUUCAAGGGCGAAGACACUGUGGUCAUUACGGGGAAGCCCUAUGUGUUUGACCGUGUCCUGCCACCCAACACAGGCCAGGAGCAGGUCUAUGAUACCUGUGCCAAGCAGAUCGUCAAAGAUGUUUUGGGGGGAUACAAUGGAACCAUCUUCGCCUAUGGCCAGACCUCAUCAGGGAAGACCCACACCAUGGAGGGUAAGCUCCAUGACUCCCAGCAGAUGGGCAUCAUCCCUCGUAUUGCCAGGGACAUCUUUGACCACAUCUACUCCAUGGAUGAAAACCUGGAGUUUCAUAUCAAGGUCUCUUAUUUUGAAAUCUACUUGGACAAAAUCAGAGACUUACUGGACGUGUCAAAGACCAACUUGGCCGUACAUGAGGACAAGAACAGGGUUCCCUUUGUCAAGGGCUGUACAGAGCGUUUUGUCUCCAGUCCAGAGGAGGUGAUGGAUGUCAUCGAUGAUGGCAAGGCCAACCGCCAUGUGGCUGUCACAAAUAUGAAUGAGCACAGCUCCCGCAGCCACAGCAUCUUCCUCAUAAACAUCAAGCAGGAGAACAUGGAGACCGAGCUGAAGCUGUCAGGGAAGCUCUACCUGGUGGACCUGGCAGGGAGUGAAAAGGUUAGCAAAACUGGGGCAGAAGGAGCGGUGUUAGAUGAAGCCAAGAAUAUCAAUAAGUCUCUCUCCGCUCUGGGAAAUGUCAUCUCUGCACUGGCUGAGGGAACUAAAACCCACGUGCCAUACCGAGACAGCAAGAUGACACGAAUCCUGCAGGACUCUCUGGGCGGCAACUGUCGCACCACCAUCGUCAUCUGCUGCUCCCCGUCUGCUUACAACGAGGCCGAGACCAAGUCUACCCUCAUGUUUGGACAGAGAGCGAAGACCAUCAAGAACACAGUGUCUGUCAACUUGGAGCUGACAGCAGAGGAGUGGAAGAAGAAGUAUGAGAAAGAGAAGGAGAAAACCAGGAGUCUGAAAAUCAUGAUCCAGAAACUGGAGAAUGAGCUCAAACGUUGGAGAAAAGGUGAGUCUGUUCCAGUGGAGGAGCAGCUCAGCAGCAAGGAGAAGAGGAGCGGCAGCGAGGCGACGCCCGUGAUCGAAACCUUGGCCCCUCCGCCAGCCCCGCUGUGCGAUGAGGAAAAGACGCAGUAUGAGAAGCUCAUCACCGACCUGUAUCAGCAGCUGGACGACAAGGAUGACGAGAUCAACCAACAUUGUCAGGUGGCCGAGAAGUUCAAGGAGCAGAUGAUCGAUCAAGAUGAGCUCCUGGCGUCUAACCGUCGGGACUACGAGCGUCUCCAAGAGGAGCUGUCUCGCCUGCAGCGGGAGAACGACGCUUCCAAGGAGGAGGUGAAGGAGGUGCUCCAGGCCCUGGAGGAGCUGGCCGUCAAUUACGACCACAAGAGCCAGGAGGUGGAGAACAAGAACCGCAGCAACGAGAUGCUCAACGACGAGCUCAACCAGAAGACGAGCACACUAGACGGCGUGCAGAGGGAGCUGGUCACCCUGCAGGAGCUGAGCAGUCACCACAGGAAAAGGGCAGCAGAGAUCCUCAAUCUGCUGCUCCGAGACCUCAGUGACAUUGGCAGCGUCCUCGGCACCACUGACCUCAAAGCUAUGACGGAGUCGAAUGGUGCAAUGGAGGAGGAGUUUACCAUGGCCCGUCUCUACAUCAGUAAGAUGAAGUCAGAGAUCAAGUCUCUGGUCAACCGCAGCAAGCAGCUGGAGAGCUCCCUUACCGACACCAGCCGCAAGAUGCAGGCCAAUGAGAAGGAACUGGCGUCCUGUGAAUUGCUCAUCUCUCAGCACCAAGCGAAGAUCAAGUCUCUGACUGACUACAUGCAGAACGUGGAGCAGAAAAAGAGACAGCUAGAGGAGAGCCAGGACGCCCUGAUGGAGGAGAUAGCCAAACUGCAGGCUCAAGAUAAAAUGCACGAGGUGACAGUGAUGGACAAGGAGAAAGAGCACAUGACCAGACUACAGGAUGCUGUGGAGAUGAAGAGGACCUUGGAGGAGCAGAUGGAGAACCAUCGAGAGGUCCAUCAGAAACAGCUGUCCCGCCUGCGAGACGAGAUUGACCAAAAGCAGAGGGUCCUGGAUGAGCUCAAAGAUUUGAACCAGGCUUUGCAGCUGGAGCUCAGGAAACUGCAGACGGACUGUGACAAACUGAAGGCCGAGGAACGAGAAAAGGACCAGAAACUCCAGAAACUGAUGUUCCUGAACGAAAAGAGAGAGCAAGCCAAGGAGGACCUGAAGGGUUUGGAGGAGACUGUGGCCAAAGAGCUCCAGACACUCUAUAACCUACGCAGACUCUUUAUCGAAGACUUCACUGUACGAGUCUCAAAUAGUACAGACAGCAACGGCGACGAGGCAGGUGGCAGUCUGGCUCAGAAACAGAGGAUCAUUUUCCUUGAGAAUAACCUGGAACAGCUCACCAAGGUCCACAAGCAGCUGGUGCGGGACAAUGCGGACCUGCGCUGUGAGCUACCCAAGCUGGAGAAGCGGCUGCGGGCCACAGCGGAGAGGGUGAAGUCCCUGGAGACGGCCCUGAGGGGGGCCAAGGAGGGCUCCAUGAGGGACCGCAAACGCUACCAGCAAGAGGUGGACCGCAUCAAGGAGGCCGUGCGCUCCAAAAACGUGUCGAGAAGACUGAACUCGGCGCAAAUAGCCAAGCCCAUCCGUGCCGGCCAUCAUCACCAACAGCACCCAUCUUCCUCUCCCUCGAUGGGACACUCAAUUCGUGGAGGCAGCGGCAGCGGCGGAGGCGUGUCCAGCCCGCGUCACCACUACCCCCGUCCACAACAACAACAGCUACAUCAGCACCACCUGCAGCCACGCAGCAAGUAG